ACGUGGCGCCUUGAAACGACGCAAUAAGUCCUGAGCGUGCUGGGCUAGUCCGAGUUUCGCGGCUGUGGCAGUGCGGAGUAGAAUCGAGACGGGCCACGGAGGCACCAGACAAGUUUCUUCGGGCGGAGUUUAGCGGAGUUUCCUGGGAGAGAGACUAGCGAGGCCGCCCGUCGGCAGCACCAAGCGGAAACCCCAGCCAGCACUCCGGACCUCGUGGUCUCCACUCCAGGUUGUGAAACCUUCCCCACCCCGCCACCAGUCUCCAGCCAGGGACUGCGGCGUGGAUGGCCCAGUGAAUGGAACCUCGCGAUCCCCUCUGGACCUCAGCGUACCGGGGAGCUCACAGCUCGCUCUGCGGCGCCCCGCCCGCCGAACCCAAGCCCAUGCCCACCGGCCGGCCCAACAGUCUCACCCCGGCCGACCCGAACCAGCUCCUGCCCACCGAGGACGUAGAGAAGUUUUUCCGGCACUUGGACCGGCCGGGCGCGGUGACGAGCUCGCACGGCAUCAGCGUGACGAUCCACACGGCCCAGCGGGGCCAGGACGCGCCGGACCCGCCCAGCUCCGCGCAAAGCUACGGUACGGACUCCCCGUACUCGGCACAACUGCAGCAGAACUAUAGCCUGGACGCAGCCAGCUCAGGAGCAGACAUGUAUCAGAACCACUCCGUCGCCGCCAUGCACCACACCGCAGGCUCGCCGCCCACCUACCACGAGUCGCCGGGCGGGUUCCCGUUGGAGGGCCGCAGCCCGGUGUACGUUCCCACCACGCGGGUCCACUCCAUGCUAUCCAUGCCGUACAUCCAGCAGGGCAGCGGCGCUUCGCAACAAGUCACCCCGCAGCAGACCAACGGCCACGCCGUGUGGUGCCAGCCGGGCGACUCCGCCGCCGGCUUCCCGCAGCCUACCUCCUCGGCGCACCCGUCCGUGUCGCCGCGCUUCUCGUUCCCGCCGUCCCCGCCGCUGAACGCCGCCGGGACCCGGGACUCCUACCCGCCUCUGGCCGCCCGGACCAACGGCCUCAGCCCCUACACGGCCUACGUCAGCCCCGACAUGGCCAGCUGGUCCACGUUUGACAACGUCGGCUUCCACCCACGGGCCAUCGGCGGGCCCACACUGGCCAGGAGAUCUAGCUCAGAGGGGCGUGAAUGUGUCAACUGUGGUGCUACCUCCACCCCCCUGUGGCGCCGGGAUGGAACAGGCCACUAUCUUUGCAAUGCAUGUGGACUCUACCACAAGAUGAACGGGGUGAACAGGCCCCUAAUCAAGCCCCAGCGCAGACUGUCAGCGUCCCGGCGUGUGGGCUUGCAGUGUGCCAACUGCCGCACGACUCAGACCACGCUCUGGCGCCGAAACAACGAGGGAGAACCUGUGUGCAAUGCCUGCGGACUAUACUACAAACUACAUAACGUGAACCGGCCGUUGGCCAUGAAGAAAGACGGGAUCCAGACCCGGAAGAGAAAACCCAAAACUCUGAACAAGGGGAAGGGAGGACAGGGGGACAGCAAGCCUCCGACCAGCACCAGUAAUAACACAGGUAUGUUACCUAGCGCUACAUGUACUAACUAGCACCAGUAAUAACACAGGUAUGUUACCUAGCGCUACAUGUACUAACUAGCACCAGUAAUAACACAGGUAUGUUACCUAGCGCUACAUGUACUAACUAGCACCAGUAAUAACACAGGUAUGUUACCUAGCGCUACAUGUACUAACUAGC